CUUACAGUAUUUUAUAUGUCUCUUGGCAUUCUAUUUCUGUAAAUCAUAACACAUACAUAGCUAUGGCUUCUUCUUUCUCUCGCGCUUCUGCUACGUUACCUCUGAAAAAAUAUGAUGUUUUCAUCAGCUUUAGAGGCGAAGACACUCGUGUCGGCUUCACCAGCCAUCUUCACGCUUCUUUGUGCCGAAGCUAUUUACAGACCUACAUAGACUACAGAAUCCAAAAAGGAAAUCACGUUUGGGAAGAACUCGUCAAAGCAAUCAAACAAUCCACUUUGUUUCUUGUCGUUUUCUCAGAUGAUUAUGCAUCUUCAACAUGGUGUUUGAAUGAACUUGUUGAAAUUAUGGACUGCCACAAAAAUGAACAACACGACGUUGUUGUUAUUCCCGUCUUCUACGAAAUUGAUCCUUCACAAGUUCGGAAGCAGACUGGGAGUUUCGCUACUGCGAUUGCGAAACACAAGAAGCAACACGAAGACAAGAUUCAAAAGUGGAAGGAUGUUCUUUCUCAAGCUGCAAACUUAUCUGGUUUUCAUUCUUCCACUUUCCAGACUGAAGCUGACAUGAUUGAAGAAAUUACAAGAUUUGUUUUAGGAAAAUUAGAUCACACGUACGAAAAUGAGCUUGCAAGUGAUUUCAUACUCAAUGAAAACUACUGGAGCAUUGAAUCUUUAUUAAAAGUUGAUUCGGCAGGAGUUCAAGUCAUUGGACUUUGGGGCAUGGGGGGCAUAGGCAAGACAACCCUUGCUGAAGCUAUUUUUCACAAGUUCUCUUUUCAAUAUGAAGGCAGUUGUUUCUUCAAAAACGUGACAGAAGAAUCAAAAAGGCACGGAAUCAAUUACAUAUACAACAAACUGCUUUCCGAGUUACUAAGGGAAGAUCUUCAUAUUGGUUCUCCCAAAGUAAUGCCAUUCGCGGUCAUGAGAAGACUCAAACGCAUGAAAGCUUUCAUUGUAUUAGAUGAUGUUCGUUCUUUGGAACUCCUGCAAAACUUGACUGGUGUGGGAUAUUGUUGGCUAGGAGCCGGUAGCAGAGUCAUUGUGACAACCAGAGAUAAGCAUGUGUUGAUAAGUGGAAGAGUUCAUCAAGUUCAUCAAGUUAAACAAAUGAACUCUCAAAACUCCCUUCAGCUUUUCAGCUUGAAUGCUUUUGACAAAGCCUUACCUGAGGAGGGAUAUGAGGAGCUGUCAAAAAGAGCAAUUGAUUAUGCCAAAGGCAACCCUUUAGGUCUGAAAAUCUUAGGAUCAGUUCUACGCGGCACAAGUAAAAUAGAAUGGAACUGUGCACUAGCUAAACUGAAGGAAAUUCCCAACAAAGAAAUUGAUUUGAUUUUGAGAUGGAGUUAUAAUGAUGUUGAUGAUAAAGAGAAACACAUAUUUCUGGACUUUGCAUUGUUUUUCAUAGGGCAUAAAAGAGAUGGCAUACUAAAAAUAUUAAAUUCCUGUGGCUUCUUUGCAGAUAUAGGGAUAAGACAUCUUCUAGACAAGGCCCUUAUAAGAGUUGACUUAAACAAAUGCAUACAAAUGCAUGACUUGAUACGAGAAAUGGGAAAACAAAUUGUUCGUGAAGAAUCACUUGAGAAUCCUGGACAACGCAGUAGAUUAUGUGAUCCCAAGGAAAUUUAUGAUGUAUUGAAAAAUGAUAGAGGAACUGAGAAGGUUGAAGCCAUAUUUUUAGAUGCUACUGAAUGUACACAUAUAAGUUUAAGCCCCAAAGCAUUUGAGAAGAUGCCAAAACUAAGGCUACUUGCUAUUCUAGACCACAAGGAAAUUAAAUCUAUAAGUCUUCCUAGUGGCCUUGACUUACUGCCAGAAAAUUUGAGAUAUUUUCUAUGGGAUGGCUAUCCCUGGAAAUCUCUGCCCCGAAUCUUUUGUCCUGAAAUGCUUGUGCAGUUUUCCCUGCGAGACAGCCAUGUAGAAAAACUUUGGAAUGGAGUACUGAAUUUGCCAAAUUUAGAGAUACUUGACGUCAGUUAUUCCCUAAAGCUGAUAGAGUGUCCAAAUGUGUCUGGUUUGCCAAAUCUAAAAGAAGUUGUGCUUAGUGGUUGUGUAAGCUUGCCCGAAGUUGAUUCAUCAAUUUUCCUUCUCCAAAAGCUUGAAAGAUUAUUCAUGAUUGAAUGCACAUCGCUUAAGACUCUUACCAGUAACACUUGUUCACCAGCCCUCCUUGACUUUGCCGCCACAUAUUGCAUCAAUCUGCGAGAGUUCUCCGUCGCAUUUGCUUCUGUUGAUUGUUUGCUUUUGGGCUUACCUGAGUGGGACGCGAAUGAACUUCCAUCAUCAAUAUUGCAUUUCAAAAAUCUUAAAAUCUUUACUUGUCCUAUCAGUGAUAGUCUUGUGGAUCUUCCUGAAAACUUUGCCAUUUGUAUAUGGCUUGUGAGCGAUGGUAUGCUAAAAGGUGAACGUGACACUUCCAUUACUUUACGUAAAGUAAUUCCUAGCCCUGCCUUCCUGAGUGUAAAAGUGUUAAUCAUUGACCAUGUUUCUAUCUUGUCUGAAAUCCCAGACAAUAUCUUCUUACUAUCAUCAUUAGAGUCUUUAUCACUAAUUGGUAUUGCCAUUAGAAGCUUGCCUGAAACCAUUGAGUAUCUUCCCCGGCUCAAACAUCUUGAUGUUUUCAAUUGCAAUAUGCUUCAAUCUAUACCUGUACUUUCACAGUUCAUUCCAUAUUUCAUUGUUUGGAAUUGUGAAUCUCUUGAGAAGGUGUUGAGUUCAACCAAUGAACCAUCUGACAGACCCAAGCAUGGUUUUAUGCUCCUUAACUGCAUAAAAUUGGACCAACAUUCAUAUCAAACAGUUCUGAAAGAUGCUAUUGCUGGGAUUGAACUUGGAGCAAGACAAAAUGCAGAAAAUGAAGAUCCAUCUUUAGACCAUGAUGAUGAUAUUAUUGAGUACUUCUUACCUGCUAUGUCUGGCAUGAAAAAUUGGUCCCGUUAUCCUUCUUCACAAGUUUCUUUCACUCUUGAGCUUCCUCCUAGUUUGUUGGGUUUUGCCUACUACUUGGUUCUUUCUCAAGGUAAUGUGGGAAGUUGUGUAAAUUUUGGAUGUGAGUGCUACUGGGACAAUAGUUCAGGUGAAAGGUUCCAUAGAACAAGUUUCACAAGAGCCGACUUCUCCAGUAUGUUCUAUACUUCUAACGAUCCUUCAAUCUACAUGAUGUUGGAUCACUUGGUUUUAUGGUAUGAUCCAGCAAGUUGCAAGCAGAUAAUGGAAGCAGUUGAAGAAAGAAAAGCCACUAGUGACGUGAACAACACCAGUUACAAUCCAAAGCUUACAUUUAGAUUCUUCAUUGAUGAAACACUAUAUAGUGAAGUAAUGAUUGUCGAGUGUGGUUUUCACUGGAUAUAUCCCUUUGAAACCAAUGCAGUGCCAAAUAGAAAUGAUGGUUUUGAUUCUGAUGGUCAAGAAGACACAGUUCCUCUAACAAACAAGUUAGAGCAAUGUGUUGUUGGAACUCCUUCCAGUUUAGACGUAGAUGAAAGUGAAGAAAUGAGGACUGAAUCUGACUUGAUUGAAGAAAUUAGCAGAGUUAUUAUAUUGGGAAAAUUAAAUCACAACUACAAAAAUGAGCUUACAAGUAAUUUCAUACUCGAUGAAAACUAUUGGAGCAUUGAAUCUUCAAUAAAAAUUGAUUCAGCAGAAGUUCAAGUCAUUGGACUUUGGGGCAUGGGGGGCAUAGGCAAGACAACUCUUGCUGCUGCUAUUUUUCACGAGUUUUCUUUUCAGUAUGAAAGCAGUUGCUUCUUAGUUAACGUGACAGAAGAAUCAAAAAGGCAUGGAAUCAUUUACACGUGCAGCAAACUUCUUUCCAAGUUACUAGGUGAAGACGAUCUUGAUAUUGGCACUUCCAAAGUAAUACCGUCCGUGGUUAUGAGAAGACUCAAACGCAUGAAAGUUUUCAUUGUGUUAGAUGAUGUUCAUUCUUUAGAACUACUGGAAAACUUGAUUGGGGUGGGAUAUGGUUGGCUAGGAGCCGGCAGCAGAGUCAUUGUGACAACCAGAAAUAAGCAUGUGUUGAUAAGUGGAGGAGUUCAUCAAAUUCAUCAAGUAAAAGAAAUGAACUCUCAAAACUCGCUUCAGCUUUUCAGCUUGAAUGCUUUUGACAAAUUUUUCCCUGAGGAGGGAUACAUGGAUCUCUCAAAAAGAGCAAUUGAUUAUGUCAAAGGCAACCCUUUAGCUCUGAAAGUUUUGGGAUCAUAUCUUCGUUGUAAAGUUGAAAUAGAAUGGAAUUCUGCACUAGAUAAACUCAAAGAAAUUCCCAACACAAGAAUUGAUUUGAUAUUGAGAAGGAGUUAUAAUGAAUUGGAUGAUGAUGAGAAAAAUAUAUUUUUGGACAUUGCAUUGUUUUUCAAAGGAUAUAAAAGGGAUAUGAUAACAGAAAUAUUAAAUGGGUGUGGUUUCUAUGCAGAAAUAGGAAUAACAAGUCUUUUAGACAAGGCUCUUAUAAGAGUUGACUUUGAAAAUUGCAUACAAAUGCAUGACUUGUUGCAAGAAAUGGGCAAACAAAUUGUUCAUGAAGAAUCUCCUAAGAAUCCGGGACAACGCAGUAGAUUGUGUGAUCCUAAGGAAGUUUGUGAUGUAUUGAAAAAUGAUAGAGGAACUGAGAUGGUGGAAGUCAUAUUUUUAGAUACUACGGAAUGUAGACACCUAAAUGUAAGCCCCAAAGUAUUUGAGAAGAUGCCAAACCUAAGGAUACUUAUUUUUCUAGACAAAUCUAUAAGAUUUCCUAGUGGCCUUGACUUAUUGCCAGAAAAUUUGAGAUGUUUUUCAUGGGAUGGCUAUCCAUGUAAAUCUCUACCUCCAAUCUAUUCUUUUGAAAUGCUGGUGGAGUUUUCUAUGCGACACAGUCAUGUGGAAAAACUUUGGAAUGGAGAACAGAGUUUUCCAAAUUUAGAGAGGCUUGACCUCGGUUACUCCAAAAAACUGAUAGAGUGUCCAAACCUAGCUGGUUCCCCGAAUCUAAAAUAUGUAACACUUAAUGGUUGUGAAAGCUUACUUGAAGUUGAUUCAUCAAUUUUCCUUCUCCCAAAGCUUGAAAUAUUACACAUGAGAGAAUGCAAGUCACUUAAGACUCUUUCGAGUAACACUUGUUCACCAACCCUCCAUGAAUUGGAUGCCAGGAAUUGCAUCAAUCUGCAAGAGUUCUCAGUCUCAUUUGCUUCCGGUGAUCGUUUGAAUUUGUUUUUACCAGAGUGUGGCGCGAAUGGACUUCCAUCAUCAAUAUUGCAUUUGCAAAAUCUUGAAAGGUUUAUCUAUCCUUUAAGUGAUAGUCUUGUGAAUCUUCCUGAAAACUUUGCCAAUUCUAUUUGGCUUGUGUUUGAGAAUCUACCGAAAGAUGAACCUGACACUUCCAUCACAUUAAAUAAACUAUUUCCUAGCCCUGCCUUCAUGAGUGUAAAAGAGUUAAUCAUUGACCGUAAUGAUAUGUUGUCUGAAAUCCCAUACAAUAUCUCCUUACUAUCAUCAUUAGAGUCCUUAUCACUAAUUGGUAUUGCAAUUAGAAGCCUGCCUGAAAGCAUUAAGUAUCUUCCCCGACUCGAAUAUCUUGAAAUUAUCGACUGUGAUAUGCUUGAAUCUAUACCUUCACUUUCACAGUUCAUUCCAUAUUUCUUUGUCUGGGAAUGUGGAUCUCUUGAGAAAGUAUUGAGCUCACCGAAUGGACCAUCUGACAAACCCUACCAUGGUUUUAUGUUCCUUAACUGCACAGAGUUGGAUUCGCAUUCAUAUCAAACAGUUCUAAACGAUGCUAUUGUAGGGAUUGAUCUUGGAGCAAGACUAAAUUCAGAAAAUGGAGAUCCAUCUUUAGAUCAUGAUAAUGAUAUUAUUGAGUACUUCUUACCUGCUAUGUCUGGCAUGGAAAGUUGGUUCCGUUACCAUUCUACGCAAGCUUCCUUCACUCUUGAGCUUCCUCCCAAUUUGUUGGGUUUUGCGUACUACUUGGUUCUUUCUCAAGGCAAUGUGGGAGAUGGUGUAGAUUUUGGAUGUGAAUGCUGCUUGGACAACAGUUCAGGUGAAAGGAUCUAUAUAACAAGUUCCAAAAGAGCCAAGUUCUCCGGUAUUUGCUUUUACGAUGACGAUCCUUUAAUGAACUUGAUGUCGGAUAAUUUGGUUUUAUGGUAUGAUCCAGCAAAAUGCAAGCAGAUAAUUGAAGCAGUUGAAGAAAUAAAAGCCAUUAAUGAUGUGAACAACACCAGCUACAAUCCAAAGCUUACAUUUAGAUUCUCCAUUGAUGAAAGCCGAUAUAAUGAAGUAAAGAUAGUAGAGUGUGGUUUUCACUGGAGAUAUCCCUUUGAAGGCAGUGCAGUUCCAAAUAAAAAUGAUGAUUUAGAAUCUGAUGAUCAAGAAGAUACAGUUCCUCCAACAAACAAGUUAGAGCAACGUGUUGUUGCAACUCUUUCCAGCUUAGAAGUAGAUGAAAGUGAAGACUUGAGCUAUUCACUUGAACGACUCUUGGAUUCGAUGGAGAGCAGCUGGAGUGGAGAGAAGAAAAUUUCAAGUGAUUUAGAGAGGCACAACAAAUAGUUGACAGAGACAUAUGUCUGUUUUGUUAAACGGAAUGUUGAAUUAAAGAACCAGUGGUGUUGGUAUGCAUUGUUAAUCAUCUAGUAUUACUUGUACUAUGAACAUCUAGUAGAUUAAGGAUAAUCUUGUUUAUUUUUUU